AAAAUUAAACUGGCAAUGCUAUAAAAAACCACAAUGGCAAUACUGUGCUUUAAACUGUUAUACUGAAACAAACAACUAAACAGCUGUGCGGUUUUUUUGUUUGUUUAUAUUUAUAAAUUUGUUGCAAAGUUUCAGCAAAAAAAUGCGUAAACGUGAAUUACAAUCUAUUCCUUUGAAAUUAGCUGAACUCAAGGAAUAUGAUGCUAUGAAAGCUGAGCGCGCCUUAAAUAAAAGUAAAAAUACUUCGGGUGAAGAAAAUACCUCCAAAGAGCCUUCACCUAUAGCUAAUGUGGGUCCUAAGACUAAAAAGGAAAUACAGGAUCGUUUAAAUACUACAAUGUGAAUAUAAUAAGAAUAAUAUAAACAAUUGUUUAUUGCUGGAAUAUGUUUUAUAAACAAACUUUAAAUUGGGGUUAU